GAGGAGGAGGAAGAGAUGGACGCCCCGGACUCGGCCUCGAGGGUUUUCUGCAGCCGCAUCCUGAGCAUGGUGAACGUGGAUGACGUCAAUGCCAUCAUCCUGGCCCAGAAGAACAUGCUGGACCGCUUUGAGAAGACCAAUGAGAUGCUGGUGAACUUCAACAACCUAUCAAGCACCCGCCUGCAGCAGAUGAGCGAGCGCUUCCUGCACCACACGAGGACCCUGAUGGAGAUGAAGCGGGACCUGGACAGCAUCUUCCGCAGGAUCAGGACGCUGAAAGGGAAGCUGGCCAGGCAGUACCCAGAGGCCUUCAACCACCCUCUGUCAGGCCAGGAGACGAGCUGCCAGCUGGAGUUCUUGGACUGGGCACAAGGAAUCUUUUCCAGAGCCAGCACAAAGAGUACUCCAUCCAAUAAUUAUUCAAGCGCCGGCAAGAUCCAGUCUUCAGCCGACCCUGAGACGGUGGGUGGAAACACCUGGUCAAGUGUGACAGUCUAUUCAAGUGACCCGGGGGCGGAAGCACACUCCCGGAAGCAGGGGAGCGUCGCUUGCCCUCAGACGCCGGGGCUUCGUUCGCCAGCACGCAACAUGGCGGCAGGGCGGGGCAUGAUGCGCUGCACGAAUUGUGACGCGUGCGUGCAGCGUGCUCGGUGCGCAGGCGCUCUCGGCGGUUUCCGGUUCCGACGACCUCUUUCUUUUCAACGAGGCAGCAGAGCAGGUCGGUGGUGGCGUCUGUCCUCCCCAGCAGACGCAGAGAUGCAGAUCUUUGUGAAGACCCUGACUGGCAAGACCAUCACCCUUGAGGUUGAGCCCAGUGACACCAUUGAGAAUGUCAAGGCUAAAAUCCAAGACAAGGAGGGCAUCCCGCCUGACCAACAGCGUCUGAUUUUUGCGGGCAAACAGCUAGAGGAUGGCCGUACUCUCUCAGACUACAAUAUUCAGAAAGAGUCCACCCUGCACUUGGUGCUUCGUCUGAGGGGUGGCAUCAUUGAGCCCUCCCUCCGCCAGCUCGCCCAGAAGUACAACUGCGACAAGAUGAUCUGCCGCAAGUGUUAUGCCCGCCUGCACCCCCGUGCUGUCAACUGCCGCAAGAAGAAGUGCGGCCACACCAACAACCUUCGCCCCAAGAAGAAGGUUAAAUAAGACUCCUCCAACUCCUCAGGCCCACAGGGCAGCCUUCUGCCUGAACCCUGCGACUGGGACCUCAAUAAAGUUUCUGUUUUGUUGACUGGA